CGUCGCAAAUGCUGGAGGACCGGAAAACCCUGCGGGUUUAAGCUCUCUGAUUGGGCAAAGAUCCCGGACUGACACGUGACGAAUCUUGUCCCCAGCCAAUCAGAGGAAGAAGGCGUUGAGGUCCUUUGGGAAAGGGAGGGCGAAAGAUUCUUGAGAAUCACCAAUGAGCGGGCGCGAGGUGAGGCUGCCAUCCUACGCCGCCGAAGCGGGAAAUUCUUCAGACUAGCCCCUGGCGGGCUGAGCUGAGGCUUCAUGGAGGGACCGAAUGCAGAAACUGCUAAUGCUAUCAGACCUAUAGAUCGUAAGUCAGUUCAUCAGAUCUGCUCAGGACAAGUGGUGCUUAGUCUGAGCACCGCUGUCAAGGAGCUGUUAGAAAAUAGUGUGGAUGCUGGAGCCACUAAUAUCGAUUUAAAGCUUAAGGAAUAUGGAGCUGAUCUUAUUGAAGUUUCAGACAAUGGUCUUGGAGUAGAAAAAGAAAACUUUGAAGGCUUGACUCUGAAACAUCACACUUCUAAGAUUCAAGAUUUCUCUGAUCUAACACACGUUGAAACAUUUGGCUUUCGAGGAGAGGCUCUGAGCUCAUUGUGUGCAUUGAGUGAUGUUACGAUUUCAACUUGUCACAAAUCAGCCACAAUUGGAACGCGAUUGAUCUUUGAUCACAAUGGGAAAAUUGUUCAAAAGACCCCUUACCCCCGACCACAAGGGACAACUGUCAGUGUUCAGCAAUUGUUUUCUACCCUGCCUGUGAGACAUAAAGAAUUUCAACGAAAUAUUAAAAAGGAAUUCACCAAAAUGGUACAGGUAUUACAAGCAUACUGUAUCAUUUCAACAGGUAUUCGAAUAAACUGCACCAAUCAGGUUGGACAAGGAAAACGACAGACUAUUUUGUGCACAAAUGGAAACUCCACAGUAAAGGAAAAUAUUGGAGCAGUGUUUGGACAAAAACAGUUGCAAAGCCUCAUUCCCUUUGUGCAGCUGCCACCUAGUGAAUCAGUUUGUGAAGAGUAUGGUAUUGACUAUAGUGAUGCACUACAUAAUCUCUUUAGUAUUUCAGGUUUUGUUUCCCAUUCUGACCAUGGUGUUGGAAGGAGUACAACAGAGAGGCAGUUUUUCUUUAUCAAUCAACGGCCUUGUGACCCUGCAAAGAUUUCCAGACUAGUGAAUGAAGUCUACCACUUAUACAAUCGGCACCAGUAUCCAUUUGUUGUUCUUAACAUUUCUGUUGAUUCUGAGUGUGUGGAUAUCAAUGUAACCCCAGACAAAAGACAAAUUUUAUUACAGGAAGAGAAGCUUUUGUUGGCAGUGAUAAAGACAUCUAUGAUAGGAAUGUUUGACAGUAGUGUUAACAAACUUAGUGUCAACCAGAAGCCAGUUUUAGACAUUGAAGGUAAUUUAUUAAAGAUGUGUUCAACAGAGAUGGAAAAACCCCCUCCAGAAAAGGAGAAGAAUCUCAUCUCACCACAUACUAAAGGAGAAGAGAAAAGAACAUUAACUAUUGCCAGAUUACGGGAAGCAUUUUCUCUUCAUCAUACAGUAGAGCACAAUUCUCAGAAUCUGAAAACUCGUAAACAACCACAAGAUUCUCCAAGACAGAGAAAUCUUUGGUCAUUUUGCAGCACUCCAAGUCCUGUAAACUCCCUCAAACCAAUCGCUGGCGAAGAGUGCAGCAGUCAGGAGGAGAUGCUGGAGCCAAACCCACACAGACACAGCAGUAUGAAUCCAAAGCCAGUAGACAGUGACAAAGAUUCGGGACACAGUAGCACUUCCACACAGUCUGAUGCAGGUCUCAGCACCCCAGAGAGGGGUACACAUGUUGGCAGGGAAUGUGUCACGAGUUCGCUUGAGGAAGGUUACACAUUUUCAGAAGAAAGUGUUGAACCUUUUAAGAAAUCACCAGAAACUGACAGUCAAUUUUCAGUCACAGAAUGUAGUUUGGAAGAAAAAGGUAUUGAGAAUGACUUCAGAAAUUUGCCUCAGCCAAGCAAUAACUCACCACCAAAAGGGAAGCGAUUUAAAAAGGAGGUGGCUUCUUUAAAUUUCAGUGUUCCCUCAAAGGUGAUGAAUUCUGAGGACUGUUCAGUAUCACAGGUGGAUGUAGCUAUUAAAGUUACUAAAAAAGAGGUGCCUCUUAACUUCUCCAUGAGUUCUUUAACUAAACGGCUGCAGCAGCUGCAGCAGCAGGAGCAACAAAGGGUAAAAGCACAGAAUUAUAGAAGAUUUAGGGCAAAGAUAAGCCCUGGAGAAAAUCAGGCUGCAGAAGAUGAACUAAGAAAAGAAAUAAGUAAAGAUAUGUUUGCAGAAAUGGAGAUCAUUGGUCAAUUUAACUUGGGGUUUAUAAUAACCAAGCUGAAUGCAGAUCUCUUCAUAAUUGAUCAACAUGCCACAGAUGAGAAAUACAACUUUGAAAUGUUACAAUUGCACACUGUUCUGCAAGGUCAAAGGCUAAUAAUACCUCAGACUCUUAAUUUAACUGCUAUCAAUGAAGCUAUACUAAUAGAAAAUCUGGAAAUAUUUAGAAAGAAUGGUUUUGAUUUUGUCAUUGAUGAACUUGCUCCAGUCACAGAAAGGGUUAAAUUGAUUUCCUUGCCAACUAGUAAAAAUUGGACAUUUGGACCACAAGACAUAGAUGAGAUGAUCUUCAUGUUAAGUGAUUGCCCUGGAGUCAUGUGCAGACCCUCUCGAGUUAGACAAAUGUUUGCCUCAAGGGCAUGUAGGAAAUCUGUUAUGAUUGGAACUGCUCUUAACAAGAAUGAAAUGAAGAAACUAAUCACUCAUAUGGGUGAGAUUGAGCAUCCCUGGAAUUGCCCACAUGGAAGACCAACUAUGAGGCACAUAGCUAGCUUAAACAUAAUUUCUCAAGACUAAUGAAUAAUUGUGCAUAAAAUUAUUCUCAUUUUGUAGAAUUGCAGAUUUUAUCAUGUAUUUUCCCAAUUUUGAAAGCAAAAAUUUAAGUAACCUUUUUUGUUUUAAAAAUCAGUGUGCUACAUUAUUUUCCAUGUAUAUUUAAAAUUUAUCUUUAUAUUUAACUCUGCUUGUGAAAUUUCUUGUUCUUACUGAUUUUAAAAAAAAUAUAUAUGUACAGCCAAAAACAUAUUUUGAGAAAUAAAGAGCAUGCUUUAGAUGUUAUAUAAGGCUUGAAUUCACACAUUCUUCACAGAAAAUAUAUUUAGUUUGUACUUUAAGCAUUACUGUCUAAACUAAUGUAAAUUUCAAGAACUUUGGAAUUAUGAUUUACUCUAAGAAUAGGUCUCCUAGCUGAAUGAAAUAAAAAAUUAACACUUUGAAUUUCCCUGUUAACUCCAUUAUGCUACAUUUUUAUUUCCUUGAUAUUAAAAUUCUAGAGAUUUUUAAUCAUGGGUGCAUAGUGUUAAUGCAAAUACAGAUCUCAUCUCAUUUGAACUUUAGUAGAAUGAAGAUAAAAAUGAAUAGAUUGGGUAGCUGUCAAAAUGGCUAGCAAAUAAAGAGGGGAAAAUCCACUACAGAACCUCCUCAUUCAUCUUAGAUCAUCACAGAAUUGCUAGCUGAUUAUAUUUUUAAAUUUUACAAUUAUUUUCCUUUAAAGAGUUUGUACAAAGCUGACAGAUCUUCUGAAAUAUGUAGAAUAUA